CAGAUCAUUUAUAAAUGAUUAUUAUUGUUGAACGAUAUAAUACUUAUUCAUUAAAGUGACACUAAUAGUAAUUUUACAACCAUUGCUUAAGAGAUUUAAACACUAAUCCACGAAGUCACAAAGUCAAACUCUUAGUACUGGCCUAACACCUCGUCAAAUUGUUGAAUAAUAAUAAGUAAAUAAAUAUCAUAUAACAACAUUAAUCUUCUAUAUAUGGUAAGUGCUAAUGAAUUUUUCUUGGUUAAUAGCUGUUUUUUGGAAAAAAAUUGAAGUGCACAAUGUUUCUAUUGAUAGCAUACCUCAGCUAUAUUAUAUAUACAGAUUAUUAAGAAUAUGAUAUGAAAUUUUGUUAUACAUUGAACAAAACCCACCAACCUUAAAUAAAAACUCAGUGACUAGCAAUCAAACACUUGAAACAUUAGCUACCUUACAUUUUUCUUAUUAUGGACCAAGCAUUUAUGAUCAUGGCCCAAAUAGUCAAUAAAUUGGACUGUCUUUUAUGCAACCUAAGGCGUAAAAUGUGUCUUCUGAACUUUUAUUUAUGCAACACAUUAAGGUGUGGACACAAUAUAGCCACACUUCAAAGAAUCAAACUCAAAGUUAGCAUCCAUAUCUCAGAAUCAAUGGUGAAUUGAACUAACACUAGAAAAGAUGGAAGCAAAUAAACUCCAUGAGGUGAUACUAAAUUCAGGGGAAAAGAUGCCAAUGAUAGGCCUGGGAACUGCUACAUCUCCACUUCCAUCAAAUGAAGCUCUCACAUCAAUUUUGGUUGAUGCCAUUGAUAUUGGCUACAGACAUUUUGAUACAGCUUCUAUCUAUGGUACUGAAGAACCUCUAGGCGAAGCUGUGUCAAAAGCUUUAGAGCUCGGCCUCAUAAAAAAAAGCGAUGAAGUUUUCAUUACUUCUAAGUUAUGGUGCACUGAUGCUCAUCAUGACCUUGUUCUCAAGGCUCUCAAAACCACCCUCAAGAAUCUGAGGUUGGAGUAUGUGGAUCUCUACUUGAUUCAUUGGCCAGUCAGAUUGAAAGAAGAUGUUGAAGGCUUUAACUUCACAGGUGAGGAUGUGAUUCCCUUCGACAUAAAAGGAACAUGGAAAGCUAUGGAAGAUUGCUAUAGAUUAGGCUUAGCCAAGUCUAUUGGUGUUAGCAACUUUGGUAUCAAAAAGCUUUCCCUACUCUUGGAAAAUGCAACGAUUUCACCAGCAGUUAAUCAGAUAGAAAUGAAUCCAUCAUGGCAACAAGGAAAACUCAGGGAAUUCUGCAUGAAGAAAGGAAUUCAUGUGUGUGCAUGGUCACCAUUGGGAGCAUACAAAGUAUUUUGGGGUUCUAAUGCUGUGAUGGAGAAUCCUAUUCUUCAGGAAAUUGCUGAGGCUAGAAAGAAGAGUGUAGCUCAGAUAGCACUAAGAUGGAUACAUGAGCAAGGGACAAGUGUAAUUGUGAAAAGCUUCAACAAAGAGAGGAUGAAACAAAACCUUGAAAUAUUUGAUUGGAAACUGAACCAAGAAGAAUUGGACAAAAUCAAUAAGAUUCCACAAUGCAGACUAUACAAGGCAGAAAUGUUUUUAUCUGAAAAUGGACCUUACAAAUCCUUGGAAGAGCUGUGGGAUGGUGACCCUUGAGUAGAAUCUUGUAUUAAACAAUCAAAUGCAGCAUCUUUGUUAAAUAUCUUAAUUUGUUAGGAAGAGGUUGUUGCACUUGAAACCUGAAAAGAUUAAGGGUUAUGCAUGUAAAAUUCAAAGUGCAUGGGGUUGCCACACUAACCUUUCGGUUAAGCAAUGCUAAGGUUCAUUAAGCACCCCUUUGUCAAAGGUUCCAAUGUAUAUGAAAGAUCCCCAUGAAGAGUUUCAA